ACUCGGCCCGCCGUGCUCAAUUGCACAUUUCAUACAGCCUCGGAAUGCUGUUCGCCCUUGUGCUCUGUCUCCAUAAACCUGGGUACCUCCUAGGUACCCUUUGUACUCUCGUUUAUGCAGAAUCCGGGAUGGGAACCUCAAAGCAGCAAAAGGCCGAUCACUCAGCCGCCGAGCCGAUGACUGAUGCAGCGACUCCGGCCUGUUAUUUUACUGACGGACGCCCGAGACGAGACAGCCAAAAGACCCGAAGGCCCGACUGCGUUGGGCCAGUCCUAUCGGAUGACUACACAGUACCCAGAAUCGCUGUCCAGCCACGUCGCAUCUCAGAGCACCAGUUGAAAGGAAGUCAGGCCAAGUUUCCAUCUCUCCCGGGUCACGAAUUCACAUCCGUGAGGUCUGUCACGGUUGACGUGCCACGUCGCCACACUUGAGGACUUUCAAGGCCCAGCUGCCCGCCACAACCUGAUAUAAACCCAGUUGAUGCCUCAUUCACUCUCCUGAGCCCCCAAUUCCCCCGCUUAGCCCUCAAUGUGAGACACUCAUACGAUCGACACGAAUCACGCUUCACAGUCGUGCAUCGCAACCUCUCAGACCAGCCACGAGCACAUGCCUCGGCCAAUCCGAAGGUCGCGUCCGCCAUGGGAUUUGCAG